AUGGUUCGGGAGGGGGCGGAGCUGGAGGAGAUGGCGGAGCGUCUGCGGGAGGAGGGGCUCCCCCCCGGGGCCUCGGCGGGCGAGCAGCAGAGACGCCUCUGGGUCCUGCUGCAGCGCAGUGAGGGCGGCCUGGCCUCCGCCACACAGGACCUGCACACCCUGCGCUCCCAGCAGGCCACCGAGAUGAAGGAGGUGGAGAACUACGUGGAGCACAUCCGCACCCUGCUGGAGGAGCGCGAGUCGCUGACGGGGGAGUACGAGCGCGAGAACGAGCAGCUCCGGGCCGAGCUGCAGCACAUCAGGCUCCAGCAAGACGCCCAGCUGAAGGAAGUGGUGGAGAUGUUGGACCAGGAGGGCCUGGGGGACAUCAGCCAGAGCAGCCCCAGCGAGCAGGUGGCCUACCUGCUGGUGGAGAGGUCCACACUGCUGGAGAGGCUGGAGGCGGCGGAGAGGAAGGUGGACACCCAGAGCCUGACGGGCAGCCUGAGAGAGGUACACCUCCAGGAGGAGCUGGAGCACAUCCGCCGCACCAUGGAGGAGGAGCUGCGGCAGCAGAGAGAGACCAUGCAGCGCACCAAGGAGGGCAUGAACAAGGUGCACAGCGAGGAGGUGUCGGGGGAGCGCCGGGAGAGGCACCGCCUGGAGAGGGACCUCGACGAAGCCUCCCGCCGCCUCGCCAUGGCCCACGAGGAGAUCCGCCGCCUGACCGACGAGCUCGACAACGCCAGGAAGACGCAGAGCGUCUGCGGGCCAGAGCUGGAGAGAGCGGGCCAGGAAGUGGAGCAGCUCAGACAGGAAGUGGACAGGCUGAAAGAGUGUGAUGUUACCGAGCUCCAGAGGGCCAGGGAGCUCAACGCCAGGCUGGACCAGGAAAUCCGGGCCCUGAGGGACAGGGUUCGAACCCUGGACGCAGAGAGGAAGACUCUCUUGCUCACGGUGGACAAUAUGAAGACUGAUUCAAAGAGCGAGCAGGGCAGUUCUCACCCGGAACAGGUCGCGGGUAAAGACGGCCUGCCUCUGACCUCCUCCUCAGCAGCUGGGGACCAAGACCGGAUUCAUAAGAGGUGCCGGCUGGAGUCGCAGGAUAAGGAGUGCCGUCUGCGGGAGCUGCAGAGGAGGCUGCAGAGGCAGCAGGAGGAGCAGGAGGAGGUGGUGGAGAGGAACGAGGAGCUGGAGUCUCUCCUGGGGGAGGCGCAGAACCUCAGCAAGGCUGAGCGGGAGCGGCACGACUGCGAGCAGGAGGGCUUGCGGAGGAAGAUAGAACACCUGGAAGAGGAGCUGGCCAAGCUGAGCUCCCAGGAGCUGGUGUGGAAGGGUGGGGACCUCAGUAAGGAGUCAGAGGUCUACCUGCAGCAGCUGAAGAGCAGCAGCCAGGAGAGGGUGGCGUUGCUGGAGGGCCGUCUGACGGAGGAGAAGGACUGGAGGAAGCAGCUGGAGGUGGACCUGACCGCGGCCCAGACCGCCCUGAAGAAGGACAAAGAGGAGCUGCAUCGGGAGCAGAGGGAGCUGAAGAAGGCCCGGGCGGAGGUGCAGGCCCUGCAGGUGGAGUGCCAGCUGGGGAAGUCCCUGAACAUCGGCCUCACUCAGCUGAAGGGGGAGAAGGACAUCCUGCAAGAAAAGGUGUCCCAGCUGGAGCGCGCGCAGGGCCGGCUCCGGGGGGAGCUGGAGCUCCAGAGCGCCGCGUACGGCCGGGCCCACGAGGACCUGCGGGAGAGCAGGGCCCGGGUGUCGGAGCUCGGGGCCCAGGUGGGGAGGCUCCGGUCCGAGCUGUCCGGGCUGGAGAGGGAGAGAAACACGCUCAGGGCGGAGCUGCAGGAGGAGCAGGGCCGGGCCGCAGAGCUGGGGAGGCGCAUGGGGGAGGAGGCGCAGGAGAAGCGGAGGCAGCAGGGGGAGGCGGAGAGGCUGAGGCUGGAGCUCCAGAGAGCCAGGGGGCUGCAGCAGAACUCCCCCCUGGAGGGACGCAGGCCUGCCCAGGGCCCUGAGCCCCAGCCCAGCCCCCCUCUCCAGCACAGCCCCAUGGACAACGGACUCAGCCAGUUGGCGUCUCUGAAGAUAGAGAUGGCCCAACUGCACUCCACCCUGGAGGAGGAGCGGCAGCUGGCCAGUCAGCACCAGCUGGCCCUGCAGGCCCAGAUCAGCGAGGCCCAGUCCCGGAUAAAGUCCCAGGAUGCACUGCUGCAGCAGAAGGGCGAGGAGUGCAAGCAGCUGCGACAGGACCUCCAGCGGACGCAGAGUCUGUUCAGCUCCGCGGAGCGGGAGCUGCGCUACGAGAGGGAGAAGGGCCUGGACCUGAAGAGACACAACGCCCUCCUGGAGCAGGAGAAGAUGAAGGUGUGCGCAGAGCUGAAGCAGGCCCAGGCCAAGCUGGCCGAGCUGGAGCAGACGGGGGCGGGGCAGAGGGCGGAGCUGGAGCGGCUGCAGCAGAGGGGGCGGGAGCUGGAGCUGGAGUUGGGGCGGAGCUCCCAGACCCGGCAGACCUCCAGCAGCCUGCAGGAGGAGCUGAGCGCCGAGCGGGCCCGCCUCCUCACCACCGACAAGAAGGUGCUGGAGCUGCAGCUGCAGCUGAAGAGCACUCUGCACCAGCUGCGACUGGAGGAGGCGCGGGCCGGCGACACCGGCAGGCUGGAGAGAGACACGAGGGAGCUGUCCGACAGCCUGUCCAUCCUGAGAGCCAGGCUGCAGGACGAGCAGCUCCAGAGGAAGCUGCUGGAGCAGUCGGAGGCGGAGCUGCAGCAGCAGGUGCAGUCGCUGCGGGCGAAGGAGGCGGGGCUGACGCGGGCGAACGGCGAGCUGGCGCACCGCCUGCGGGAGCUGGAGACGCGGCUGGAGGUGCAGGAGGCGGAGAGGAGUCGAGCCGCGGGGGAGCAGCAGCUCAGCUCCCAGGCCUGUAAGGCGCUGCAGGAGCAGCUGGGCUCCAGCCAGCAGGAGUCAGAGAGCCUGCAAGAGGAGCUGCUGCAGGUCAUCCAGCAGCUGGACACGCAAAUCAGGAAGUACAACGAGAAGCAGGCCCACCACAGGAUGAAGCUCCGCAAGGCCAAACAGAUCUUCCUAAAAGAGACGGCACAGAGGGACGGAAGGAUCCAGAAACUGGAGAACGAUCUGGCCCUCGCCACCAGCCUGUCCGAGAAGGAGCGGGACUGGAUCAGCACGGUGAUGGACGAGAACGAGAAGCUGCUCCUGGAGCAGCGGGACCUGCUGAGGAGGCUCAACGAGGCCGAGGAGGUGGGGAGCAGCAGCCAGAGCACCGCCUCCACCAUCCAGCACAGGGUGAAGUUUCUGGAGGAGGAGAACAGGUACCUCGAGGACAAAACCCUCCACCUGUCCAGUCAGGUGGGAGCUCUGGAGAGAGCCCUCAGGAAGGUGCAGUCCGUCUGCAACAUGGAGGACCUGAAGAAAAUAUUUCCCUCCGAGUGUCUUCUCAAUGAAAGCUUUCUGCAAACCUCCAAUUCCAGUAUGAUGUCGGGAGUGUGCGACACGCUGGGCCUUCUCGACGCCAUCCGUAAGGUGAAAGCGGGAGACCCCACAGACGGGCCCAAGACGCCGUCCCCCGUCCCGCCCUCCCAGACCUCAGAACUGGGCUACCUGAACGUGACCUCCCCCAUGGCCCCCACGCGUCCUCACUGCGGCCCAGAGGAGAGCCACAGUUUGGGGCUCGAUGAGGUGUAAGGGGUCCUGCUGAGUCCCACUUGUCUUUUGCACCAAGGGGCCAUUCUCUCGGGGUUAAUAAUUGUAAUAAUAAUACUAAUAUUAUUAUCAAUAAGUUAUUUUCUGCUGCUGUUGCUACGCGACCCCCUUCUGCACAACGGCUGAGAUUGGCUGGAUCUCUUGCCGUCUGCCCUAUGCCGGUACCCUCUUGGACCGACCCGGAGACUCACCCCGAGAUUCACGCGACUUGCAAGAAUCCAACCCCACUAAGUUUGUGCACACUACUUAACAAUGAAGUUGACCGCUUUGGAAAUACUGAGCUAGAGAAGAAGACAGCAAUGGCUGAUUAGAGUGACCGGUCCCGACUCAAAAACCACCGCUGCCCAUCUGUUGACAUCAGUGGUCCUCACUCCUGGUUCUGGAGAGCCGCAGGGUGUGCUGGGGUCCUCACUCCUGGUUCUGGAGAGCCGCAGGGUGUGCUGGGGUCCUCACUCCUGGUCCUGGAGAGCCGCAGGGUGUGCUGGGGUCCUCACUCCUGGUUCUGGAGAGCUGCAGGGUGUGCUGGCUUUCCUUGUUACUCUGCACUUAAUUUGUCAAUGAAAGCAGUUGAUUACAAACUUUACCAACCUCAACUGGUGGGUUAAUGUAUCAGAAUCGGUUGCAGCUUUUUAGGCGUGGAUGAGUGGAUGAAUAGGACUAUCACCCAACCAGAACGUUUUGUGGUCGUGCUGCUAAUCUGCUGGAACCUGAAGGCAGUGAACAUUUGAGUUUGACCCGGUACGACAUUCAUCGUCCGUCGGACGUGCACUGUGAAUACCCAUAGUGCCCUGAAUAAUACAGGAGCUCUGAUUGGUUCAACGUAAUUAAAGCCAAAGGAAAGAAAGUCGGAACGUUUAUAUUUGCAUAUAUGCGUUUUUGUUGUGUUUUUUUUAAGAGCAAGAACGGGAACUCUUUACUGUGGCAAUAAAAAGGUAACGUCACUUGUUCGGACAUAUCUCAUACUGCAAGUGUGUGACAAUCACUGUGCAACAGUGACAAUCCCUGUGGUACAAAGCAAGUGUGCAAAACCAUUUGACUAAAGCACUUUAAAAAAACCACAAAAUAAAACCUAUACUUUUAUGGUCUUUGGCCCACCUGCAUACCACUCCUAAAUAAGAUGGUACUGUUGGUACUUUUGAGGGAUUUUAUUUUUAUUAUUGCUUUACACCGUAACCGGCAACAAAUGCUUAAAUGAAAUGUUCACCUUGUGCUUUUACACCAGUUGUUUUACGAGGGUAAAACAGGUUAUUGCAUAUACUGCAUAUACAUGUAAACAAAAUGAAAUUAUAUAUACUCAUCCCACCGGUCAGAAGAAUUAUGAUUGAGUGGAAAAUCUUCCACAGAAGUUGUUUAUCAUAAAUGGCUCCAUUUCUCAAGCAGGCGGGGGUGAGAAAAGGCCACAUAUUUUCAUAUCUUAAUCUGUUUUCUAAAUGUAUUCCCUGCUGUUAGCCAGCCACGCAGUCACAUUAUUUGUGAAGAAAAUAAGAAUUGACCUCUCCGCUAUUUUACUGAUAGGUCUCUACUUAUGACAUAUGUAACUAUGUGGGCAGCUGUCACAGUGAGCCAUUUUACCGUGUUGCUGGUCCGAGAAGGGUGGGAAAUCGUCAUACUCUUAGCCAUGAAAACGGAGGCCCGAAGUUUAGUUGUGCAUUGCACUAAAUGUGGCUGUGGUUUUGAUUCACAGAACCCUUUGUCUUUUUCUUUUUCGCAGGGACAUUUAAAUUUAAUGUACGAUAGUGUUGUAUGAAACGUUUUGAAUGUUUCCAUGCGGAAGCAUUGCCAGCUGUGUGGUUUUCAUAAACAAGCCCCUGGCGCAGGAUCUAAUUUUAUAACAUCGCGUUUUUUUCCCCCGAACUUCAAGGAUGUUUCUGUAGCAGCAUACGCGUAUGUUGCCCGAGCUUGGAAUUAAAGCUUUAGAAGUUUGCUGAACAGAUUUAUGUAAGCGACAAAAUAAUGAAAUCAUGUAGCAUGAAAAAAAAAACCCCAACAACAAUCAUUGACUAGAAGGGUACAGAACACAUCUUGGCCAUGUCUGAUGUUUACAGAUAUUUUGGAUCUACCGGCAUAUGCUAUCUUUCCUUUCCACUGUUCUCGUCUGAAUUAAUACGGUACUGCAAUUUUUGUGCCAGCUUCAAGCAGAAGGGCUCAUGACAAACAAAAUGGCCUUCCUUGAAGUUAUAGCCUAUGUAUUUUUAAAAAUGUAUUUAUUAUUAUUUUGGUGUAUUUAACUGUUUUAGCCAAGACGGACAAAUUUCAUCAUUCCUUUCAUACCAGCUACUUGAAAUAUGACUGCAAUUUCACUUGGCUGUUGUCCACAAAUGUCAGGUGUGUCAUGCAGGAAAUGCCAGUCAUGUUGUGGUGCUUUUGCAGGGAGAAAGACUGCUUUAAUGGUGACGCUGAGUGUCUGGUGGCGGGGAGUCUAGAAAAAACCACCUCCUGUGGUUUUACAUCGCAUGGCCUAACUCCAAAGUUGAAGAGGACAUUCUUGUCACAUGAAACUAAAUUCACAAGCUACUUGUUUAAAAAAUUACAUAAAUAAAAAAGCCAUUUGGCUUUCUAGCUAAGCUAUAGUAGCCGUUUGCGUGGGUGUUUUAGUUGUUACAUAGAUGUACCGGUUACCAUAUUUUCCCCAUAGCAUUUGAGUUUAGUUCGAAUUUCAGUGAGACCUCCCCCCAUAUUUAUCUCCUAUUCGGAAUUGCCAAUUGUACAGUGCUCUCCCAUCUUAGACGUGCCACUCGUACCCUCACCAAUAAGAGAUCUUCGUAGCUGACGAACAGCCCGCAGAAUAGCGCAGGGUAGCUCGUGGCAAUUCAUCCAGCCGGGAACCUGAAAGCACCUGGUGAGCAAAACGGUCAUAUCCACCACUGUAGGUUCCUGGUCGAAGGUGUAAUUUUUUGUCAUGACUUCAUAUCUUCUGCAAACAGCUGCAUAGUGUACUUUGGACUUCUUACCCCAUGAAGGGUGUUAUAUAGAGCAAUGCGUUUUAUGUGAAAUAUUUAUACACAAAAAAAGACGACAGUUAUGUUCUUUUACAAUUUUGUGUGCCGUGCCUGUAAUAUGAGGGAGUAAUGUAUACUUGACGAGCAGUAUCCAACUGCUAAAUAAAGAGUACUGGUACGGUUAUUGCAACACUACAGUCAGGCUGACAUGCCAAGAAGGGAGCAGAAUAUUAUGAGGAAAUAACCUGUGAUUUUUAUCGACUGUACUUUUUGAUUGUUCUCCGGUUUCAUUUGUUGAAUUGUACAAGUGUCCAAAAAAACAUUGUAUUUUUCAUAAUUAAAUGCCCAAAUUCUCAAAUACAGAA